GAUUGAUGAAAGAGCAGUUUUGUAGCGGAGUAGAGCCGUCUUCUUGUUGCUCUACGACUCUUUUGACGAUCAAAGGCUACCAGAAGAGCUACUGGGAGAAUUCCUUCGACGGUGGAAGUUUUCCGGUGUGCUAAUUUGCUUCAACGAUACGCAAACGCAUCUUCUUCCGCUGCAAACAAUCGGAGGAGGAAUUUUCAGCAGGGAAAACUUCAACUGAGAUUUUGAAUCGGAGAAGAGAGCCAAGUUAACGGCGGAAAUGGCUUCCAUGGAGGGUCUGGUGCCAAUAACCAGGCAUUUCCUGGCUUCCUACUAUGAAAAGUACCCAUUUACGCCUCUAUCUGACGAUAUCUCUCGCCUCUCAACUGAGAUGCUCGCCUUGGCGAACAUUUUGCUUGAUGAACUACCGCCUACUCCAGAGGAAAGCACCCUUCUUGAUGAAGCAAAUCAUCCUCCUCCUCAUAAAAUUGAUGAGAAUAUGUGGAAGAAUCGGGAGAACGUGGAAGAAAUCCUGUUUCUGCUUGAAAAAUCUCGUUGGCCUCAAGAGGUCCAGAAGGAGUCUGCAACUGGCGAGUCUGAACUUGCUAAUAUUCUAGGAAAGCUAGAAGAAAAAUUGAAGAAUACCUUAAAAGUGUUGGUGGAUUUCCAAUCUAAAAAUUCUGAGCACGUGUUCAACACAGUAAUGACCUACAUGCCUCAAGAUUUUCGAGGAACAAUAAUUCGUCAGCAAAGAGAGCGAUCAGAGAGGAAUAAGCAAGCAGAGGUUGAUGCUUUGGUUAAUUCUGGAGGAAGCAUACGUGAUCGAUAUGCCCUUUUAUGGAAACAACAGAUGGAGAGGAGGAGACAGUUAGCACAGCUGGGUUCUGCAACAGGUGUCUACAAAACCCUCGUGAAGUAUUUGGUUGGAGUUCCAGAGGUAUUGCUAGAAUUCAUUCAGAAAAUAAAUGAUGAUGAUGGGCCAAUGGAAGAACAACGACAACGCUAUGGACCACCUUUGUAUAAGCUUACAACAAUGGUCCGCCUUAUUCGACUCUUUAUUUCAUUAUCAUGGAGACGCUUUGAUGCUAGGAAACUAAGGGAUCAUCUUGCUAUUUUGGAACAAGCCGUUGAUGUGUAUGCCUCUGAGCUUGAGAGGUUCCUCGUCUUCAUUCGCGAGGUUUUCAACAAUGCUCCAUUCUUUAUUCCAGCAGAUGUGAGGAAAGGUGAUAGCUACAAAGAGAUUAGUGUUCCAGCUGGAAAGACUUAUGAGGUUUCAUUAAGUGUGGAAUCUCUCAAUUCAUAUAUUGCCUGGGAUUUCUCGUUGGUUCAAGGCAAGAUGAAUAUGGACAUUGGAUUCAGUGUGGAGUGUGAAAGCCCUGGUGGGGGAAAGACUUUGAUAUUGCCACACAAACGUUACGAGUCUGAUCAGGGAAACUUCUGCACUUGCAUUGCUGGGGACUACAAGCUGAUUUGGGACAAUACAUAUUCAACCUUUUUUAAGAAGGUUGUGCGCUAUAAGGUCGAUUGCAUACCUCCUGUGGUAGAGCCAUUGCAAACUGCUGCAGAAGAAGAUUAAGUGUCUCGAGCAGUCACUUCACUCCAUUGUAGACAACGUUUUUUAGAUUGUAACAUACAUUCAUUGUUUUUAUAGUAUCUUCGUCUCGAAGUUUGUGUUUGUUUGUUCGCACGUGGACUAAAUCUUGUAAACAAUGCAACCAACCAGUGAAAGGAAUUGCUGUAAUUAAGGAAAUAUGCCAUUUAGU